CCCCUGCCCCUAUAUAAGGGCGGGUGCGGGCGGUGCCGGCGGCGCCGCAUUGCAGGCGGGCACGGAGGGGGAGCGAUGGCGCGGCCGCUGAUCCUCGGGCUCCUCAGCCUUCUCGGGCUCCUGGCCGCCGCCGUGGCAAGCCCUGUCCUGUGGCAGAAGGAGUGCGUGAAGGGGCCGGAGGUGUGGUGUCAGAGCAUCCGCACGGCCUCGCAGUGCGGGGCAGUGAAACACUGCCAGCAGAACGUCUGGAACAAGCCUGCUGUGAGCAGUAUUCCCUGUGACUUGUGUAAGGAGCUCGUGACGGUUGCUGGCAAAGUUUUAAAGGAUAAUGGCACUGAGGAUGAGAUCCGCUCUUACUUGGAAAAGACGUGCGAGUUUCUUCCCGACCCAGGCCUCGUCUCCGAGUGCAAAGAAAUUGUGGACUCCUACCUACCAGUUAUCAUGGAUAUGAUCAAGGAAGAGCUUGAUAAACCUGAGGUUGUGUGCAGUGCCCUCGCUCUGUGCCAGUCCCUGCAGAAGCACCUUGCAGCAAUGAAGCUCCAGAAGCAGCUCCAGACCAAUAAGAUCCCAGAGCUGGAUUUCUCCGAGCUGGCAUCCCCGUUCAUGGCUAAUGUGCCCCUUCUCCUUUAUCCUCAGGACAAGCCCAAGCAGAAGCCUAAGGCGAGUGGGGAUGUGUGCCAGGAUUGCAUUCAGCUGGUCACUGAUGUUCAGGAAGCUGUGAAGACAAACUCCUCUUUUGUCAAGUCUUUGGUUGCUCAUGCCAAGGAGGAAUGUGACCGUUUGGGACCUGGGAUGUCCGAUAUGUGCAAGACCUACAUCUCUGAGUAUUCUGACUUGGCCAUCCAGAUGAUGAUGCACAUGCAACCAAAGGACAUUUGUGCCAUGGUUGGUUUCUGUGCUUCCGUGAAGUCUGUUCCCCUUCAGCCUCUGGUGCCAGCUCAGGUGGUUCAUGAGGUGAAAAUGGAAAUUGUGGAGAAGGCCUCAGUUCAAGAGAAGACUUUUUCCCUGUGUGAAAUCUGUGAGACCAUGGUGAAAGAAGUGACUGGCCUCCUGGAGAGCAACAAGACAGAGGAGGAGAUUGUGCAUGAGAUGGAGGUGGUCUGCCGCCUGUUCCCGGGAAGCGUCAAGGACCAGUGCAAGGACUUCAUCGAGGUCUAUGGCCAGGCUGUGAUUGACAUGCUCUUGGAGGCAACAAAUCCUGAAGCUGUGUGUGCCAUGCUGAAAUGCUGUGCAGCCAGCAAGCUUCCCCAGCAGCCAGUUGUAGUGAAACCUGCAGGUGGCUUCUGUGAUAUCUGCAAGAUGGUGGUGGCUUAUGCAGACAAAGAGCUAGAGAAGAAUGCCACGACAGCUGAAAUUGAAGCUCUACUGGAAAAAGUCUGUCACUUCCUGCCAGAGUCUGUCAGUGAGCAGUGUGUGCAGUUUGUGGAACAGUAUGAACCCGUGGUUGUGCAACUCUUGGCAGAGGUGAUGGAUCCCACUUUUGUUUGUACUAAACUCGGAGUCUGUGAGUCAGCCAAAGAGCCUCUCCUGGGGAAUGAUGCCUGUGUCUGGGGUCCUGGCUACUGGUGUAAGAACAUGGACACUGCUGCUCAGUGCAACGCUGUUGAUCACUGCAAACGUCAUGUGUGGAACUAGAAGAAGAAUUUCCAGUUCUGAAAGUUUGCCAUGGCUCUUAGGAAAUGUGGGCCGAGGUUGGCGGAGAGCUGUAUCUCACCUGUCCCUCCUCUCUGCCUCAUUAACAAUUUGACCUUCAAGUUCCUUUGUUGUAACUCUUCUGUAGCAGUGCUGCUGUUGAAGGAUCAGAUUUUCGUUGUUGACCUAACAAAGAUACUUCUGAUUGUACAGUUUAACCCAUUAUGCUCCUAAAAAUAGUCAGUGUGUUGUAGAUUUUAUUUUUUUUUUUUUCAAUUGGUAGGCUGAAGUGCUUUUUUAUGUGCUGGGAAGAAUGACAGAGAUGGUGAAAUGAGACAAUUAUCUUUUAAUUUAAAAAAAAAAGCAAGAUAGCGACUAAACUUUCAAAUGUCUUUCUGUAGGCAGCAUUGGGAAGAUUUUACAUGCUUUGCAUUUUUAACAUCUGGCUGGAAUUUUUCUUUUCUGUGUAUGGGAACUCUUAAGGGAUAAUGUUGACUCUGGGAAUCCUUUUGGCUGGAAUUUUCAAAGCUCUGCAGAUGCAGAGGAGGGGGCUUUGUGUGCCCAGCUAACUUUCAAAGUCACUGGUACUCAAAAAGAUGUGUUUUGAGUGAUCAGCCUUUUGCAUUUGAGUGACCACGCUUGUGGCUCAUGCUGUUGUUACAGCUAAGGAAAACCCUCCCUCACCCUUCAAUCACAUCCUUCUGAUUUCCUUGGAUUGCUGGGUCUUGGCACAGCUCUUCUGCUGCCAAGCCCAGUCCAGUGGGAUGUCAGUUUUCCCAAAGCAUGCUGGCAUACCUGAGGAAUGACUCCCUUUUUUUUUUUUUUUCCUCUCUCUUAUCCUAGUUGCUCAAUUCUGCUUGGUCUUGCAGCUUCCCACAAGCAGCCAGCUGGGUGCUGAGGAGGUAGCGUGAGCUGUCACUGGAAGAUGGAGGGAGGAUCAAGUCAGCAGGAGCUGGGAAUGUGUCAAAGGCAGUUCAGCACUGAGGGUGGGAUUUGUGGAAGAAACCUGUUCCUUGAUAUGCUUUUCCUCUCACAGACUAUUUCAGUCACCUAAAGCUUGAGAGAGGUGCUGUGAGGCCUGGGGGCUCCUCCCACUGCUGCCCACCCACUCUCACUGACGCCCUUGUGAGUAACUGGAGGUAUGAAUGGUUAUCCAGAGUUCCCAUUUCUGUUGGGAAAUGCAGCAGGCAGAGAUGGCAGGUGGUAGGAGCACUGAAGUAGGUAUUUGAAGCUCUGCUGACACACUUGACAGCCUGCCUUUCUCAGCUCCCUGAAAUUCCACUUAAAUGGACUGAAAUCCACCCCCCCCCC